AUGAUGUCUAAGUGUGUUUAUGGCUUUUUCGCUCUGGUUUUUAUAGAAAUUAUUCAAUGUGAUCUGCUAGUUUUUUGGGGAUAUCCAACUGUCGAAACAACUUUUUGUGUCAAUAUUACUGUAGUUUCAUUUGACAACUGCAAGGUAACAUGCCAAAAGUCUUUGAGUUGUAUGUUAGCAUCAGGAAGUGGGAAUAAUUGUAUGUUAUGUGACAUCUAUACAGUCAGUUCAAUUGCAAAAUCAACCAAAGAAAUCGGAAUAAAAACUGCAGUUAAAGUGAAUCCGAUUGACGGAGAUAAAUGUACUUCCGAUACCGAUGGAACUGUUUUCAGCGGACAAGUGACUAACAACACAACUCCACUGUCGAGAAAUUCAGCAGCAAGUGCUUGUAAAUCGAAAUGGAACAUUGGAUUAACAGCGUUGAACUCAAUUGCUGAAAGAAAUUAUGUUCUCGAGUCUGCUAGGGAAAUAGUUGGAAAGCACCCUGCCUAUAAAUAUACAUCAAUAUGGUUGAACGGAGCUUUGAGAGCUGAUUGUGACUUUGUUGGAUCUCAAAAUACAGCAGAAUGUUCUGGAAUGAAAGCCUACGAGUAUAUUGGAGAUCUGAUAACCUCUUUGGAAGCGUAUAAGUUUGCUCCGGGAACACCUAAUUACACAAAAAUAGAGGGGUCUUCUCAAUCUUGCCUUCAAUUAAUGUCGUCUCAAUCAGAAACAAAAGACAAUGGACUCGUCAAAAAUUCCGUAUGCGGAACAAAUUGCAAUGAAGAUAAUUCCAUUUGUGCAUUAACUUUCGUAUGUGGGCAUUAA